GCAAUCUCCCUACUGAUCUCUGUAGUUACUACCCUACGGUUAAUUCGAAAAAAAAAAAAAAAAAUAUUUUACUAGAAAAUAAUAUACUUUGUAAAAAUGUGGAAUAUUAAUGAUGACAUUGAUACAAUGUUUCGUGAGUGUCAGCAAUACUAUUUACAAGAAAACAAGUCAAAAGAGGAUCUUCUGAAAGAAGACAGAAUAGAUAAACUAAAGAAAGAUUUAGAACAUCUUAUAUUACAGUGGAAUGUUAACUGUCCUGCUGUUGAAUAUGCAAAUCUGAAUAAAAUGCUGGCGAUCUGUUAUUUACAGGCAGGCAGACAAAAUGAUGCAGUUUAUCAUCUUAUAGAAUCUCACGCAGUCAUACUUCGUCAACAAACUCAACACAGAUUUCUUAAAACUGAAAUUCGUAGGUCUUUUCUUGAAGAGAAUCAAUUUUAUGGUCUUAAUCCAGCCUAUAUAAGAUUGAAUGAUGGUACAAAAAACUGCAACAUAUUAACAAAAAGGCUUAAUGAAAUGCCCCAAGAAUGGUAUAUGAUCCAAAUUACAAUUCAGUAUGAGCAUCCCGGAAUUUCUAAAUAUUCUAGCGCAGGACCAUCGUCAACUUAUCCAAUACACAUUAUUGUUAUGCCUACGGGAGAAAAAGCAAUCGGGCCAUUUUGUGUAACAAUACCAAAGUCUAAUACGAGUACAAUGUAUGAUAUUAUUAGUGAAAUAGAAGAUGUGUUAUCAAAUAAUAAAUUUGAUUUGGAAGCGGCUUACACUAAUAAUAAAUCAUAUUGGAAAAUGCGGGAACGACAAAAUAAGAAAAUGAAGGCAGCAAUAACAGAAUUGGAGAACACAUGGUUACGCGAAUGGAGAAUAUUAUUUAUGGCAGAUCCUAUAGAAAAUUUGGACUUGGUGCAAGAUUUGGAAGAUAUGAUUGACAAACUGAUAAGCGACGAUACAUCUACGCAAGUCAUGCCGGAUCGAUCACGAUGGCUCUUAAAAAAAAUUGCCACAGCUUCCUGUUACUUGUCUAAAGCAGAAAUUGCUACGGCUGUACAAUACGUCUUACCAAAUAAUAGUAAACUUGCUGAAAAUAUUAUAUUAUCCAUUUACGGAAAGUUGGGUAGUGUACAUCUUUUGAAAUCUGCUUUAAGAAAAACGCUAAUACUGAUUGUUGAUGAGAAUAUGGAUCAUAUUUCAUUUGAAUCUAUGGAUAUAUUGAAAGAUCAUCCGGUAACUCGGUUUCCGUCUUUCCAUAUAUCCUAUGCUUUAUUUAAGGAACAUGAAUCGUCUAUCAUAAAAGGAUGCAAAAUUAUUAAAAGUAAUAACGACGUUGGUAGUUUUAUCGUAAAUCCUUCGAAUAACUUGCCAAAAAUGGAACAACGAAUGAAACUAUUUAUUGACUAUUGGCUGCCUGGAUGGAAAGGAUUAUAUGGCGAAAAACCCGAUGAAGAAACAUUUGAAAACGCAUUGGUCAAUCAUGAUAUUUUAAUGUACAAUGGGCAUGGAAGUGGAAUUCAAUAUUUGGCGGGCGAACGAAUUGAAAAGCUGCGGGUCAAAGCAACCGUUCUAUUGUUUGGUUGCGGAAGUGUAAAAUUACAACGUGUUGGCGGACGAUUUCCACCUUAUGGUGUAUCUAAUCAAUAUUUGAUAGCCUGCAGUCCCUGCGUCUUGGGCAUGCUGUGGGAAGUAACAGACGCUGAUAUUGAUAAGAUGACUGCUAGUUUCUUGAGUAACUGGAUUCCAUCCACACAAGAGCGGCCAUGGAGUGAUAUUGAUCCUGAUUUGUGGCGCAGUGGCACUUUUGGAUUCCUGGAUAUUGAAACCAAGAAUUCUUCAAACCAAAAAACAAUAGAACCAGAAAUGUUGAGAGCAGUAGCCAAAUCAAAAAAUGUUUGUUCACACUUCAUGACAGCUGCUGCAAUUGUCGUUCGAGGACUGCCUAUAAAACUUGUAUAAUUUGUGUCACUUUGUUAUUAAAGUAAUUGUAUUUUUUAAAUAAAUUUAUAACUUUUAAUAUUCAUUUCGUAA